UCUGGAGACGACGUUAAGUUUUCCCCUACUGUACCAAUUUCCACCGCAGUGGCAUGAAAGCGGGGACUUUUCAUUCAAACAACCACAGCACCUGAAACACUCCUCAGCCUAGAAUGAAAACUGAUGUCUUCGCCAUGAUUUCAAUAAGUGAACAAACAAAGCCACGGAAAGGGUUCUAAUGAAGAAAACGAAGACACUCCUGAUAACAACUUUUGAUUAGCAGCAAUCACUCUUUCUUAGAAUGGCCAACCCGCUGGCAUCCGGCGUUGUGCCCGCGCAGCUCGGCUUCUUGGCCAUCUACAAUCCCGGCCUGGGCACUACCGACGAGACGCUCGAUGACCAGAUUGUCUACUAUGCGUCAGGCAGCACCCAGUCAACCUCGAAACGGCGCCGUCACCGCGCUGCCAAAGACGGCCGCCCAACCGAUGACAUUUCAAACGAAGAGCGCAAUGAGCGGCUCCGGCAGAUAGGUCUCGCCCAGGGCAUGGUCGAGUUUGGCAGGAGCUUCUCUGGAGGCAAGCCCGUCGACUCAAUCGACACAGAGCGCAGCCGUGUCGUGCUGCAUGAGCUGGAGCUAGGCUGGUGGAUUCUCGCGUCCAUCGACCUGACCCGCCUCCCCCUACCGCCCACCAAGGCAGCCGGGGCAUCCACCAUCUCAACAACCCCUGCACCAUCUCCUCCCAUUCCUCCACCACCAUCAUCAGCCAAAGGCACCACCACCACCACCAUCUCCCCUUCUCACACAAACCAGGCUCAACAGGCGGCCCUCACCCAGCAAUACGAGUACUCCUCCCGCGAGGUAAAACCCGCCAUCCUCCUCCGUCAAGACCUCCUCCGCGCCCACGCCCACUUCCUCCUGCACCACGGCCCGUCGCUCUCGUCUCUUUUUGCUUCCACCCCGCGCCCGCACUUCACCGCGCUGCUGGCCCGCUACUGGGACCUGUUCUUGUCGACCUGGCACGUCUUGUUGCACGGCAAUCCGGCGUGCAGCGUUUUGGGGGGAAUCAAGAUCGCGGCGUGUGGCGAGCUGGGGAUCGGGGUCGGCGAGGAGGACCGCGGGAGCGGGGAGCGGGAGGUCCUGGAGGGGCUUGUGGAAAGGGUGGAUGGGUUGGUGGAUUUGGUGGUGGGGAGGUUCGGAUCUGGAGACGCGGGUAAGGCGGAGCGGAAGCAGCAGGGUGAGGUUGGGAGAAAGGGUAAGGGGUCACUGACGAGGAAGGGGGAUGAGGAGGAAGGGUGGCUUGGCCUGGGGGGUGAGGUUGCGGCGGAGGAUGGGGUCGUAUUCUUGGGCGUUGGCGCUCUUUCCAGGCGGAGCCUCCGGGCCGUGACGAGCUGGAUGGAAGAUAUCUACAUGUGGGGGAAGAGUGCUUAUGGCGUGGUUGAUAUCCCGGCCGGGAGUUCUUCGCGGGCGAAGAAACGGAGAGGGGCUGGCAAGAAGGCAGACGUUGUCUCCCCGUCUUCAGCCAGUGGUGGGAAGAAGGAUACAGCAAAAGGGGCGCUUACAGCAGCUGAGCCUCAAUCAACCAGCGAUGUCCGCGCUACACACGGAGAUUCCACGGCUCCUCCACACACGCCCGCGACCGCUGGAACGGGCGCCGGUAUGGACAUGAUGUUCAGCUAUCUCAAGCUUGGAUAUGGUACUUAUUGGUCACUCGGCUCUUUCACUUCCGCGACGACCUCGGAACCAGAUGAUGGACCAAAAGAGCCCGAAACUUCUUCUGGAGAUGCCGGGUCCCAAAAGCGUUCGAAGGACCUUGAUGCCGGCUAUUUCCUGGUUGGGCCGGACGAGCCUGGAACCGAGAUGCAGCAACCAGACUCCGCAGAGGAGGAAAAUACCACGGGGCAACAGACAGUCACGAUCGCGCUCGAGGCGCAAGAUCCCCAGGACACCAAGGCACACACGGCAGAUCUACCCAGCACAGACACCAAGAAGUCAAAGACAACAACCCUCCGCCCUGUCGUCUACGUCCACCGGCCCUUCAUCUACAUCCUGCUCUUCCGACCCGACAAAGUCUCGUCGUCCACCUGGGAAGACCUCUCCCAAUCCCUCCACACCCAGUUCACGCCCCUCCACAAACCCCUCCUCACCUCCACCGCCUACCGGCCCGAGAAACCCAUCCUCGCCGGCUCAUCCCAGACCAGCAAAAUCUACGACCUCGUCUUCGACACCAGCACGUUAACGAUCCACUCAACGAUACCCAACAUCCCCGACCCAGUCCUCCUCGCCGACACCUCGUCCUCCGGUACGGCGGUCCCCUCAUCCGUCUGGACGCGCGUGGAAGCGCUCAACACGCACAACCAGAUCCUAAACUUUUUUGCGGGCAGCCGCGGCGAUCUGUCGGCGUUCGAGGAGACGUGCAAGACAAGUCGCGGGUGGUGGGUCGUCUGGAACCGAGUCCUCGACCACCGGGGUCCCGCAACAAGGGACAGCAAGCCGCCGCCGCCGCUCUCAUCACCACCCUUUGCGGUCGCAUCGGACGCAGGAGGAGGGGGGACAGUGGCGGAGGACGAUGAUGAUUCUGGGGAUGAUGGGGGUGAAUCAGCAGCGGUGGGGAGCAAGGAGAUUUUCCUGGUUCGAAGGGCUAGCGACCACGGUGGCGGGGCUGGCGUCAGGGGCGUGAGCGCGUCGUACGUUGGUGGUGCUGGUGCUGCUGGCGGGUGGGCGGAUGGGGCGGGCCGGCUCGCGCAGGGAAUUGGCGUGGAUACUCGGCGGUAUAUCGAGGGGUUGUUGAGUCUGAGUCGGUGAGCGAAGGUGUUGGUGAUACCUCAUGAAUCAUUAGAAGCACUGCGUCUCGUCAUAUCGACCUGAAGAUGGUGAUUGAUUGAAGGAGGUUGGAAUUGCCUUCUGCCGUCGAUUUCGCAACCACCAUGGACAGGUACCAAAUCCGAAAAAGAAGGAUAGGAUGGACUGACUCAAUCAGCGAGUACUCCCGGGAUAUACCGUUCGAUUCGCUCUGUUGUAAAGGGGAAAUAUAAACGGUGAGCCAUAUGAGGUGAUUCUUU